GCGUCAAUGUGUCAAUCUGGGCCGACCCAAAUAUCAACACAACAGCUUUAUAAUUCGAUUUCCCACUUUUUCUUCUCCCUUCUUUGCUGCUGCAAAACCUAGGGUUAAGAGUUUUUCUUAGGUUUUCAGCCGCUUUCUGCACACAAUGGUUCUUCAAAACGAUAUUGAUUUGCUGAAUCCUCCGGCUGAGUUGGAGAAGAGAAAGCACAAGCUCAAGCGUCUUGUUCAGUCACCAAAUUCUUUUUUCAUGGAUGUCAAGUGCCAAGGCUGCUUCAAUAUAACAACUGUGUUUAGCCACUCUCAGACAGUUGUGGUAUGUGGUAACUGCCAGACAGUGUUGUGCCAACCAACAGGUGGAAGAGCCAGGUUAACGGAAGGGUGCUCAUUUAGGAAGAAGGGAGAUUGAAUAGUGCAGUAAUCAAGGUUUUCUCUAGUGCUCAUUUAGGAAGAAGGAAGAUUGAAUGGUGCACUUAGAUUGAAUGGUGCAGUAAAAGGUUUUCUUUAUCAAUGGUGUUGAAAAGUGUUUUUAUAUGAAAUCAAUUUUAACUAUGUAUUAAUUUUUGUUAAAUUGUACUACCUAAUCCUCUUUUUAGUACUUUCUGGAUAUUUAUUUAACAGAUUUGCUUACUCAAUGAAUAUAUAGUGCAGUUUGGAUA